AUGAAGGCCGAGGCCAAGGGCUGCGAACUCUUUGAUGCGCACCGGGAGUUUCUCAUGGAGAAGCGGGGUGGCAAGCGAAAGAGAGGUUCCAAGACACAUGAGCCUGCUGUCCGGCAGGAUCCGGAAUGGCGACAGUCGCUCCAAGCCAGCAUGAGUAUCCCAAAGAAAGCUUUCGAUCGACUCAUCAAUGACGUUUUCCACGACUUGCAAAAGACCAUGGACGAUGAGAUGGAAAACGCAUCCAAAAUGGGAUGCGGUUCAGGUGAUGGUGACAUCCCCCUCAUGGAAUUCGUGGCAUCCGUGUUUUCGGAUUGCACCGUUUUGCGGAAGCGUGCGAAACGAUCGGAGACAGUGUACAAGGCGGAUGUUCAGCUUCUCAUGGGAAUCCGAUCUGGCCGGUUGUUCGAGCAGGCGGCGGAGGAUGCGGAGCAAGCCUACCGGAGUGAUCGUGCAGAGCAGCGGAAGAUCAAAGAAAGCAAGCGUCGCAACAAACGAGCUGGACCGGAUCCCGAGGCUAAUGCUGCUGUGCAGAAAGCUAGAGCCGCGCGAAAGCGCCGGAUGGAGAAGCUCAAGAAGUGGCUUUUUCUUUGUUUCUUUGGCUGUUCCUUUUCAGAACAGAUGUGGGAACUAGAGCCAGGUUCAAAAAGUGACGUGGGACGUCACUCAACUUUCGAGACACAGCAGUGUGACGAAAAGAGGGGGGCUACUCCUGAGCCUCAGAGCUGA